AUGAGGUUCAAAUUCCCGUUGGUGGCCAUUGGCCUGGAAGUUGUCAUGAUUGUUUUAUUUGCAUUAUAUGUUCAGUAUGAAACGGAUCCGAAUAUUUCCCAGCAGCCCAACAGUACCGACGCAACAGACAAGGACAUAUUCCUUGAGCUAUAUCCUCUAUUCCAAGAUGUGCACGUUAUGGUAUUUGUUGGGUUUGGCUUCCUCAUGACCUUCCUGAAGAAAUACGGCUUCAGCAGCGUGGGCUUCAACCUACUAAUUGCUGCUCUGGGCCUCCAAUGGGGCCUUCUUGUACAGGGGCUCCUGCACAGCCAUGGACAGAAAUUCCACAUUGGAAUCAAAAACAUGAUCAAUGCAGACUUCAGUACAGUCACCGCUCUGAUUUCUUUUGGAGCCGUCCUGGGAAAAACAAGUCCAGUCCAAAUGCUGAUCAUGACAAUGUUAGAAAUCGCUGUCUUUGCUGCCAAUGAAUAUCUGGUUGUUGAGAUAUUUAAGGCCUCUGAUGUUGGAGCAUCCAUGACGAUCCAUGCCUUUGGGGCAUAUUUUGGUUUGACUGUAGCAGGCGUCCUGUAUCGAUCAGGCCUGAAAAAGAAGCAUGAGAAUGAGGAGUCUGUGUACCACUCAGACUUGUUUGCAAUGAUUGGGUCUCUUUUCCUAUGGAUGUUUUGGCCCAGCUUUAAUUCGGCCAUCGCGGAAGCUGGAAACAAACAGUACCUGGCCAUCGUAAACACAUACUUGUCUCUCACUGCCUGUGUGCUCACAACCUACGCACUCUCCAGCCUCACUGAACGGGAAGGCAAGCUUAAUAUGGUUCACAUUCAGAAUGCAACCCUGGCUGGAGGUGUUGCUGUGGGCACUUGUGCGAACAUGGAGAUUCCACCAUAUGCUUCCAUGAUCAUUGGGAGCAUUGCAGGACUCGUCUCCAUGUUUGGGUUCAAGAUCUUGACUCCAUUUUUCGCUACUAAACUGAGGAUCCAUGAUACGUGUGGGGUCCAAAGCCUACAUGGCUUACCUGGUGUGGUCGGAGGCAUCGCCAGCAUUGUGGUUGUUGACAUGGAAGUAUCUGACAUAUCUACCGUGCCAAGCCAGGCGUAUGCACUAGGUUCUUCCAUCGGAACAGCGGUUGUUGGAGGGCUGGUCACAGGUUUAAUUCUAAGGCUUCCUAUCUGGGGACAAUCAUCUGACAAGAAAUGCUACGAUGAUUCUGUCUAUUGGGAGGUUCCAAAGUGGAGAGAACACGACGAACGCAAGCAUCUGGAAAUUGGAAUCUAAGUACCAUUCCUGUCCCUCAGCUUCC